CUAUACCAAUUCCUUUUUAUUUAUGUAUGUAGGGAUAAUACGGAGGUGUGCCAUCCAUGGACUGGUGAGUGUGAAUGUAAAGCUGGUUGGAACAGCAAAGACUGCUCGAGACAGUGUCCUAUUUUAACAUACGGAAAAGGCUGCCACGGUAUUUGCAGUUGUAAAAAUAAUGCUCAAUGUUCACCUGUUGAUGGAAGUUGUAUUUGCCCACCCGGGUUUCGAGGUAAAGAUUGUAGCGAAGAGUGCGGCUUGGGUACUUUCGGAGAAGAUUGUACACAAAAAUGCAACUGUAAAAAUGGUGCAACGUGUUCUUCUGAAACAGGACAGUGUUUUUGUGCUCCUGGAUGGGAAGGUCAAUAUUGCGACAGACCCUGCAGCGAAGAGAAGUAUGGGAUCCAUUGUAAUGAAAAAUGCAACUGUAAAAAUGGUGCGGCAUGCAAUCCACAAAAUGGUUCUUGUACAUGUAGCCCCGGAUUUACCGGUGAGUUGUGUGAAAAACGCUGCGAGUUUGGAUAUUUUGGUCAAAAUUGUCAGCAGGAGUGUCAGUGUAAUAUAGAUAAUUCAGACGGGUGCGAUCCAGUUACUGGAAAAUGUAUUUGCAAAAAGAGUUGGAAAGGAGUUAAAUGUGAAACGUUGUGUGCCAUUGGUAAAUUCGGACCCAAUUGUGAUCACGAUUGCAUCUGUAAAAAUAAUAGUUCAUGCGAUCCAGAAACUGGGGCAUGCGUUUGCUCAAGGGGCUGGCAGGGUGAAAAUUGCGACCAACCAUGUGAAAAAGGUUAUUACGGUCUGGGCUGCAAAGAAGUUUGUCCUGUAACUUCUGAUAAUAUAACAUGUGACCACGUGACAGGAGAAUAUGUGUGUCAAGCAGGUUACAUAGGCUUAACGUGCGAAAAUCCAUGUCCGGCCAGAACCUUUGGCAAAGAUUGUAAACAGAAUUGUAACUGUCGAAAUGGAGCAGACUGCCAUCAUGUUACAGGUAAAUGCCAUUGUCUUCCUGGGUGGAUGGGAGAAAUAUGCAGCAUUCCUUGUCCACAGGGACGGUUUGGUGUCAAUUGUAGUCAACAUUGUAAAUGCUUCAAUAACGGUACAUGCCGAGGAAACGACGGUGUUUGUCGCUGUAAACCUGGCUACACAGGAACGCAGUGUAACGAAAGUAAGACAUCUGUUGUAUAUAUUAAAAAACAUUAGAAGAUUAUUUCUUGA